AUGGAUGGUUUUUCAAAUAUAGAAAAAAUCGGUGAAGGAACGUAUGGCGUAGUAUAUAAGGCAACCGAUAAUGAAACAGGAAAACUAGUCGCCUUGAAAAAAAUCCGUUUAGAAAAUGAGACUGAAGGAGUUCCCUCUACUGCUAUGAGGGAAAUAUCUAUUUUAAAAGAACUCAAACAUGACUGUGUUGUAGAAUUAUUCGAUGUGAUUCCUGUUUCCAAAAGACUGUAUUUAGUUUUUGAAUUUUUGGAUAUGGAUUUAAAAAGACUUAUAGAUUCAUCUUCAACACCGUUUCCACCUGGAUUAGUUAAAAGUUAUAUGUUUCAGUUAUUGCAAGGUUUGGCGUUUUGUCAUUCAAGAAGAGUAUUGCAUCGUGAUCUUAAACCACAAAACAUAUUAAUUAAUAGUUCUGGACAUAUCAAAUUGGCUGAUUUUGGCCUGUGUAGAGCUUUCGGAAUGCCUAUUCGGUCAUAUACGCAUGAGGUGAUAACAUUAUGGUAUCGUGCACCAGAAAUACUUUUAGGAACAAAAUUCUAUACUACUUCAAUUGAUGUAUGGUCUCUAGGAUGCAUAUUUGCAGAAAUGAUGAUCAGAAAGCCAUAUUUCCCAGGUGAUAGUGAAAUUGAUCAACUCUUUCGAAUAUUUCGAUUGUUAGGUACUCCAGAGGAAAAAGACUGGCCUGGUAUCAAAGAUUUGCCUGAUUAUAAAGCUAUGUUUCCAAAAUGGAAUCCACAGCCUACUAAUGCUAUUAUAAAGGAAAAACAUCCAGGCGCAGAAAAUUUAUUAUCGCUCAUGUUGAAAUAUGAUCCAAUAAAAAGAAUUUCUGCAAGAGCAGCUUUAGCACACAAAUAUUUUAAUGAUGUUAAGUUGGAAAUACCAAUUCUACCUGAACCUCCCAAAUGUUCAGUUGAUGAAAAUGAGUAUUCUAAUGAAAAGAGUAACUGGUGAGCUAAUAAAUACUUUGUGCUUCAACAAUUUGUACUUACAAGAGAUUGAAGUAAGUUUAACACACUAUAUUAAUUCGACUUUUAAUUUAUUUUUGUAGAUUUAAAGUACUUUUUUUCUUUAAUUGUGCAAUUUGUUUAAUUUAUUGAUUUUUGUAUUAUAAUUAAGUGUUUUA